UGCAAACGCUGACAACCCUCCACCACCACCGUACCUGUCCCAUCACCACACGUGUGCCAUGGCCGAGGAGAAGACCGAGUUCGCGCUGUCGAGCGUCGUGGAGGAGGCGCCCGCGCUCGCAGACAUUGGUGCCCUUCCACAAGAGCAGGCGCCAGCAACGUUUGUCACACGCCAAGGCACAAUCACCUACAUUGUGCAAGGGUCCCUGACCACGGCAUCAAAGCAGGCAGAUGGAAAGCCUGUCGUGAAGCCAGCAAUUGUGACCUACCACGACGUCGGACUCGACUACCGGGCGUGCUUUCAGUCGUUCUUCACGUUCCCUGCGGCAGAGAAGCUUCUUGAUUCCUUCUGCAUCAUUCACGUGCACGCUCCUGGCCAGGAGCCCAACGCCGCGCCAUUGCCCGAGGGCUUCCAAUUUCCGACGCUUGACGGGCUCGCAAACCAAGUCUUUGAUCUUCUUGAAUCACUCGGGGUGAAGAUGUGGAUUGGCGUCGGCGCCGGUGCUGGCGGCAACGUCCUGCUCCGCUGCUCAUUGAACAAGGAGCGGCGAAGAGGGCUGACUGGACUGAUGCUGGUUGGCACCAACUUCAGGAGCGUUGGGUGGUGGGAGUACCUCAUGUACAAGAUGGACUUGAUGCGGCUGCCGUAUGCGCAAACGGUGCCGCCGUCCUUGCAAGACAAACUGCUCGACCACUACUUCAGCGACAAAACUGUGACCAACAACAUUGACAUGGUGGAGGCGAUGCGAAAGCACCUCACAGCCAACGUGAACCCGCGCAACCUGUCCCUGUUCCUCAACACCUGCCUCAGCCGCGACGACCUGUAUGCCGCUGUGGAGGCGGCGCCGCCGCAUUGCGACAUCCUGCUGGUUGGCGGCCACCACUCGCUGCACCUCAACGAGAUUGAGCAGCUCAACGGCCUCCUCCCGGGCGCAAAGUCGUCUUACCUGAAGAUUUACGACUGCGGAAAUUUGGUGACGGAGGAACGACCAGGCAGCGUUCUUCGCGCCUUUGUUCUCUUCCUCCAAGGCCUUGGCUUUGGCGCCUCCAUUGUGGUGCAGUUGCACCAUCUCUCCAACCAGGAAGACAUGCAGCGCUCAUCGUAGGCUUUCAGACGGCUGCUCCUGCCACCGCUGCUGCUUCUAUUUCCUGUUUCGCUUGCUGUUGGUAUCUUGUCUCGACUGCCCUGAGGCUGUCUCAACUUAUUGUUGGUGCUGGUGUUGCUGUGGGGUGGUGCUUUUGCACGCCCAUCUUAAUCUCUACCUGUCCCGUGUGCAUUAAACGAUGUCUCAAUCAC